AUGCCGGUUUUCGACAACCUGGAGCUCAGGUUCGUCUCCCUGAAGAACAAGCCAUGCUCGAGGCUCGUUCGAGUCUGUCUGAGGCUGUUCUUCGGAGGGCUGACGUUCUUCAUCGCAGUGGCUUUCCCGUUCUUGCCUAGCCUGGCUCUAGUCAUUGGAGCCGUCGCGCUGCCUGUCACCCUGGCUUAUCCUUGCCUGAUGUGGAUUUCAAUGAAGAAGAAGCAGGAUUGUGAAAGCGGUGCCGUUUGGAGUUUGAAUUUGUUGCUGGGUAGUUUGGGGAUGGCUUUGUGCGUUCUUUUGGUGGUUGCAGCUGUUUGGAGCUUAGCUAACAAUGGCCUCCAUGCCAAUUUUUUCAAACCAGAAUGA